AAUUAAUUUUCAUGAUUUUUGCAAUUUUAUUUCAAAUUUAAAAUGAAUUUUGGAAUAAACAUUGCACUAGGGGCAUUUUCGUAAUUCUGUGUUUCCUGGAAAUUUAUUUUCCAGUUUUGCCCCUGCCCGAAAGACUCAUAAUGUAUUUAGGAUGACUUGGUAAAAUUUCAUAAUUUUUGGACCACUUUAUGAAUUUUUAUGAAUUUUAGAAAAUAUUACCAACGUAGUAUUUUUCUAGAAUUGUCUGGGGCGAGCGCGGUUCGCCCGGUGUAUGUAUAUCUCUAUUGCCUGUGUGGAUGUAUGAUAUGCAUGGUGGAUGAUUGUGGCUAUAGUUUAUUUGAUUAUAAUACGGCCUGCGUGUCGUGCCUUAUCUCUUAAACUCUUGUUGUAAAUCUAUUUCUCUCUCUUACCUCAACCGAGGAUUCUUUUCUCACGUGGUGGUUAAAAGACAAAAAAUUCAAAGUCCGUUCGAGGGAAUCUAAAGGAAUGGAGAUAGCCCGAAGUCCAAGAGCCUGGAAGUCAGUGGGAGCUAUCGUUUUAUUUUUCCUUUAGGGGCCACAAUCAUUACACGUUUAUUUACUGCGUAUUUUGAAUGCAUGUGAGUGUAUGUUUAACGCUAGUAAAUUGACACGUGCGCGGCAUGUGUCGUAGGUGAGAUCGUAAAUAUAAAAUCCCUCGAAAUAUUAAGUCUGUAUUGCCUUCCGGCGCCCGGCACAUUUCCGGCUAAUGUGCACUGUCACGUACUCAGCCCUAGCAGAGCGUAGUACGGUGUAUGUUAUGCUGGUCACGGGAAUCACUUAAGUGGUCAUUGUCAGACGUUGGGUUAGACUUAACUGAGUCUCGGUCAAAUGGAUGGAUGACUCAGAGGCGGGUUUCGUUGGGGUCACUCUACUGACAAGUCGAAUUACUUUACUCACUCAUCCAGCCAGAAGUUGGGUCUCUAUGACUUAAUUGGGCUUAGCCCUAACUAAAGUAGUUGUGCAUGUGGUACGUGCCAAAGCCAAUCACAUGUAUAAUGAAACGGUGUUCUGGUCCGUAAGUAGUAUUGUCGUUCGCCCAACACAAGACCAAGAACUGUGAGCGCGGCUCGACAGUUGGAACUAUGUUCCUACCUAAAUAGUUAAAUUCUAGGUGCGAACCUCAGGUCAACUAGAAUUUAAUGAUAUAUGGAUCUUGGCCCAUUAAGAGAAUCUCUAGGAGAAUCUCCGAAUCAACAUUGAGGGUUGUUGGUUUGUUAAAAUAGUGGGAAAUAAUUAAUUAAAGGCCUAAUUAAUUAUUCAACAUGAUAGUUACCUAGUUUGCAAUUUCAUUCUGUAGAUGGCAUCAAAUAACACAUACAGUCAUUCCAUCAACCUGUGGUAUAUCCUCGAGAGCCAAAAACUCUCUGGGGAAAACUUUCUUGACUGGGAGAAGAACCUACGAAUCAUUCUUGACUGUGAGAGGAAACUUUACAUCCUCGAAACGGAUCCUCCCAAGAUCCCUAAGGCAAAUGCUCGUGCGUCCGAACUCACUUCCUUCAAGAAGUAUGAGGACGACGCGUGAGAUGUUAAGUGUAUCAUUAUGGCAAGUAUGACCGCGGAGCUCCAAAGGCUCCACGCGGACAUGGAAGCGCGUCCUAUGAUACAUCGCUUAAGAGACCUAUUACAGGGUCACCCCAAAAACUCGGGUAUUUACGUUAUUGAAGUCAACAUGUCUGAUUUCACCUCUUGGGUGAUGGAUACCGGAUGUGGUUCUCACAUCUGUACUUCUAUGCAGAAUUUGCAUGAAGUUAGACAUUUGACUGAGGGAGAAGUCCAGCUUAAGGUCGGAAACGGAGCACUUGUCAAUGCGCUGGCUGUAGGAACUUAUGUUCUAUCUCUCCCCAGUGGCUUGUUGUUGCAUUUAAACAAUUGCUUGUCUGUACCUGCCAUUAGCAGGAAUAUCAUUUCUGCGUCCUGUCUUGACAAAGCAGGAUUUUCUAUUAACGUCAAAGACAAGUGCCUUUCGGUUUUCAGAAAUGAUAUUUACUAUGCAACUGCUAAGAUGACCAAUGGUCUUUAUAACUUAGACUUAGACGCCACUGUUUAUAACGUAGAUGUUAAGAGAAGCAAACCAAACAGUUUGAAUCUCACAUACCUUUGGCAUUGUCGUUUGGGCCACAUUAACGAGAAACGCAUAUCUAAGUUACGUCACUCUGGCGUACUUGAUUCAUUUGACCUCGAGUCUUAUGAUGUAUGCCAAUCUUGUUUACUCGGUAAAAUGACAAAGGCUCCAUUCACCGGUCACGGUGAAAGGGCGAGUGAUGUAUUAGGCCUCAUACACUCUGAUGUANUCUGUAAAGACUUGGUUGAGCGAGAACUUCGCCAUGAAGGACUUGGGGAAUGCUAGUUAUGCCCUUGGCAUAAGAAUCUACCGUGAUAGGUCAAGAAAGUUGAUAGGUCUAUGUCAAAGUACAUAUAUAGAUAAGGUCCUUAAUCGAUUUAGCAUGUCUAACUCGAAAAAGGGAUCCUUACCUAUGAUACCUGGCACGGCUCUUUCCAAGAGCCAGAGUCCUUCUACU